GUUCGACUUCUCCAUGUCCUCAGGCCAUUUAUCGCCUUGAUGCCUGAGGUCGUCUCCCCCGAUCGCAAAGUGCAAUUCAGGGAGAAGGUCAUGUGGACAGCCAUCACUCUGUUCAUUUUCCUGGUCUGCUCGCAAAUCCCGCUCUUUGGAAUCAUGUCGUCCGAGUCGUCGGACCCCAUGUACUGGCUGCGUGUGAUUAUGGCUUCCAACCGAGGAACGCUGAUGGAGCUGGGUAUCACGCCGAUUGUUACGUCGAGCAUGAUCAUGCAGUUGUUGGCUGGUGCCAAUAUUAUUGAGGUCGACCAUUCGUUGAAGGAGGACCGGGCGCUGUUCUCCGGCGCGCAGAAACUCUUCGCCAUGGUUAUCGCCAUUGGACAGGCCACCGUUGCCGUCUGGUCCGGUGUAUACGGAAACCCGAAAGACAUUGGCCCCGCCAUUUCGCUCCUCUUGAUCCUGCAAUUGUGCAUCGCCGCCUUGAUUAUCCUUCUGCUCGAUGAGCUCUUGCAGAAGGGAUACGGUCUCGGCUCUGGAAUCUCGUUGUUCAUUGCGACCAACAUUUGCGAGACGAUCAUCUGGAAGGCUUUCAGCCCGACUACGUACAACACUGGCCGAGGAACCGAAUUCGAGGGAGCUGUCGUUGCCCUCUUCCACCUCCUCUUCACGCGCAGCGACAAGUUCCGCGCCCUCAAAGAAGCCAUGUACCGCCAAAACCUCCCCAACCUGUCCAACCUGAUCGCCACUGUCGUCGUCUUCGCCGUCGUUAUCUACCUCCAGUCUUUCCGCAUCGAGAUCCCUGUCAAGUCGAACCGGUACCGUGGUCAGCAAGGAAACUACCCCAUCAAGCUGUUCUACACCUCCAACAUGCCCAUCAUGCUCCAGUCGGCUCUGGUUUCGAAUGUGUUCUUUAUCUCGCAGUUGUUGUACAAGCGGUGGCCUGACAACCUUCUCGUUCGCUUGCUUGGAGUGUGGAAGAGUCCCGAGGGUAUCCCCCAGGAACAAGCAGCCAGCGGCUUCGCCUACUACAUCUCCCCACCCCACAGCCUGAAAGAAGCCUUCGUCGACCCGAUCCACUUUGUCAUCUACGUCACCUUCAUGCUUUCUGCCUGCGCCUUCCUCUCCAAGACCUGGAUCGAGGUCUCCGGUUCCUCCCCGCGCGACGUCGCCCGCCAACUCAAGGAACAGCAGCUCGUUAUGCGCGGGCACCGUGACCAGUCUAUGUACAAGGAGUUGAAGCGCAUCAUCCCUACCGCCGCGGCGUUUGGCGGGCUUUGCAUUGGGGCUUUGUCCGUCUCGGCGGAUUUGUUGGGCGCUAUUGGGUCCGGCACGGGGAUUCUGUUGGCUGUUACUAUCAUCUACCAGUACUUCGAGAUUUUCCUCAAGGAACAGUACGAGGAAGGCCAAGCAAUGUUCUAAACAGAAGUUUUGGAACUGCCCGUGCACAUGCCUACGGUCGCGAAGCGCGUGGUCUGAAAUGCGUUCAUCGCUGUCUUCCAAAGACAAGGUCGAAGAGAAGUUUGGGUCGUAGAAACCGGAAGCAAGGAUCGAAGGGUCCGACCGCCCACACCUUAUUUAGAGAAUGUUUUGCAGAAGAGUUUUUAUUGUUGACGGCGCCCCUUCUCCAUGUGCUU